AUGAACGGGGACAGCUUUACUGCUGGGGAGCAGCUAGUCUCCCCGGCCUACAUCCGCCAGGGGCGGGAGGCGAGGCGCGGCCAUGAGCAGCUGAUAAAAAUUUUGCUGGAGAAGGGAAAAUGUCCACUAGAAGCUUGGGAUGAAAGCACCAUUGAACUUUUUCUGCAGGAGUUGGCUGUGAUGGACAGCAACAAUUUCCUUGGCAAUUGUGGUGUUGGAGAGCGAGAGGGAAGAGUUGCCAGCAGCAUGGUUGCCCGUCGACAUUAUCGACUCAUCCACGGGAUUGGAAGAUCAGGAGACAUCGCCGCCAUACAACCGAAAGCUGCAGGCUCCAGUCUCUUAAAUAAGCUAACCAAUUCACUGGUGCUGGAUGUGCUAAAAAUUGCAGGUGUGCGAACUGCAACAAGCUGCUUUGUGGUUCCCAUGGCAACUGGGAUGAGCUUAACCCUGUGCUUUCUGACACUUCGACAUAAAAGGCCAAAAGCAAAGUACAUCAUUUGGCCACGGAUAGACCAGAAAUCUUGUUUCAAGUCUAUGAUCACUGCAGGUUUUGAGCCUGUAGUGAUUGAGAAUGUGCUGGAAGGGGAUGAGCUACGCACAGAUCUGAACAGGGUAGAAUCUCGAAUCCAGGAACUUGGAGCAGAGAACAUUCUGUGUGUUCACUCCACUACAUCAUGCUUCGCUCCUCGUGUACCUGACAGGCUGGAAGAAUUGGCAGAGAUCUGUGCCAAGUAUGAUGUUCCACACAUUGUGAAUAAUGCCUAUGGUGUUCAAUCUUCAAAAUGUAUGCAUCUAAUCCAGCAGGGAGCUCGUAAAGGAAGAAUAGAUGCUUUUGUGCAGAGUUUAGACAAGAAUUUCAUGGUUCCAGUAGGGGGAGCUGUUAUCGCUGGUUUCAGCAAUUCCUUUCUGGAGGAAAUUAGCAAAAUGUACCCAGGGAGAGCAUCUGCCUCUCCAUCUCUGGAUGUCCUAAUAACACUGCUGUCACUUGGUGCAAGUGGAUAUAAGAAUCUCUUGACAGAAAGGAAGGAAAUGUUUACAUAUCUGUCCAGUGAAUUGAAGGCACUUGCAGCAAAGCACAAUGAGCACUUACUAGAGACGCCACACAAUCCAAUUUCACUGGCUAUGUCUCUGAAGAAUCUGAAUUAUGAGGGCGGGACAGCCAUUACUCAGUUGGGAUCUAUGCUUUUCACAAGACAGGUGUCUGGGGCAAGGGUUGUGCCAACUGGUACUUCACAGACUGUUAAUGGGUACACGUUUAAGGGUUUCAUGUCUCACAGUAAUAACUAUCCAUGUGCGUACCUGAACGCAGCUUCUGCCAUCGGCAUUAAAAAGCGAGAUGUUGACAUAUUCAUCAAAAGACUGGAUAAGUGCCUAAGGCUGUGCAGGAAAGAGAAACAUUUAGGAGCUGAAAUGGCGGGCGAUCUGCAGGCAACAAAGGAGGAUGUCACGGAGUUAACACAGCAGCUCGCAGAAUCUUUACAAGUGGAAGCUGAAGAUCAGCAGCUAUUGACUUAA